AUGAGCCCAAACCUCGUAGCCUCUAAUCCGUUCCAUUAUUUUUGUAUCAUUGUCUUUCCUUUCCUCGUGUUGGUAAUUUUCCUUGUCAAAUGGCUCCUCGCUUCGCCCCCAACUGCAAACAAAAGCCCACCACCUUCACCACCAAAGCUCCCAAUCCUCGGAAACCUCCACCAACUGGGCUGCCACCUACACCGUUCUUUAAGGUCAAUAGCUCAACUCUAUGGUCAUGAUUUCAUGCUUCUGCAUUUUGGUAGCGUCUCUGUAAUAAUCGUCUCCUCUACAGAUGCAGCCACUGAGAUCAAGAAAGCACAUGAUGUUAUCUCCUCUGAUAGACCCCAAAUAGGCGCUGCUAAGAAACUUCUUUAUAAUGAUAUGUCGACUUCUUAUGGGGAUCUGAUAUGGGGUGGAAUUCGGUGGGAUAAGGCACAUCGACGUCGAAAUAGUUCCAGGGGUUUCGUUCAAUCAAAAAAACGCGUGAUGGCUCUCAUACCUGGCCUGUAG